UCAUGAGUUACACCAAGAACGCAGGCUUUUACAAUAAAAACAGCUUCUACACCUUCAGUCCAAACCCACCAUCUUCCUUUCUCAGUCAAUGACACUCUGCUUCUUACGAUCAUCAUCUUCCUCUCCAUUACCCCUUUUAUCUUUUGUCUCUCUGUCUCUGUCUGCUUAUUAUGCCAUUCAAUUUUCUCCACCUAAACCCUAAAUCCAUUCAAAAGAAAAAGAAAAUCACGGGUUGGGUAGUAGCUCUCAAAAAUUAAGUUGAUUGAAAAAGUUUUUUGAGAAAUGAUCUAAAAUGGUAACAAUUUAGCAGCUACUUGUUCCUUCAAACGUCCCAUCCUUUCUUUUACAAAGGGUCCCUUCUUCUUCUUCUUCCCAAAAUACCCACACACGCUCUUUUCUUCUUCCUUGUUCGUUGCUCCAUUGCCAAGCACCAUCAUCAACAAGACAACACCACAAACAACAACACUCUAAACAGACAAGAAAAACCCAAUGCCGUCUCUCCUUUCUUCAUCCAUGCCGGCAAUGUUUUAGGAAAAUACCCACAACAACAAGACUCUUUCUUCUUGCUUCUCUUCUCUUCGAUUACACUUUUUCUCCUUUUCCUCUACGAUGCUGGAUCUUAAUCUGGGGACUGCCUCCAGCUCCGAUUCAGUUGACGUGUUCAGUGAUAAGCUUCUGCAACUUUCUCCCGCCACCCAAAUGGAGAGUUCCGGUAGCUUCAACUCUUCUAUUGUCAAUGCCGAGGCAACCGGAGACGAUGACUCCUGCUCCAACACCCACCCUCUAGUUUACUCCUUCGAUAUCUUAAAAACCAACGAUGAAUACCAGGAUUCCACGACGAGAAACAAGAAAACAGUGAGAGUUCACGCACAUGAAGCUGAUGAUACUCACGAUCGGACGAUCCAGUUUUUCCCAGUGAGUGGAAUCGGUGCUAGCGGAACUAGUUCAUUGUCUUCAAACACGCGGCAAUUGCUGGAUCUCGGUUGCAGGGUGGUGGAAUACGGUAUACCGUUGGAGCAGGGGAUUGCAACCCAGCAGCAACCAGCGAAGAAGAGCAGGCGUGGGCCAAGGUCAAGGAGCUCACAGUAUCGUGGAGUCACGUUUUAUCGGCGGACUGGGAGAUGGGAAUCGCAUAUUUGGGAUUGUGGAAAACAAGUAUAUUUAGGUGGCUUUGACACUGCUCAUGCUGCAGCAAGGGCAUAUGAUAAAGCAGCUAUAAAAUUUCGUGGGGUUGAUGCCGAUAUUAAUUUUAAUGUUAGUGAUUAUACUGAAGACAUUAAGCAGAUGCAUAAUUUUACGAAGGAAGAAUUUGUGCAUAUCCUGCGUCGCCAGAGUACUGGAUUUUCGAGAGGAAGCUCCAAAUAUAGAGGAGUGACACUGCACAAAUGCGGGCGAUGGGAAGCUCGUAUGGGACAAUUUCCAGGCAAAAAGUAUGUAUAUCUUGGACUAUUCGAUAGCGAGAUAGACGCUGCAAGGGCUUAUGACAAGGCUGCCAUUAAGUGCAACGGGAAAGAAGCUGUGACGAACUUUGAGCCAAGCUCGUAUGAUGGAGAGAUAAUAUUAGAAGCUGAAAAUGAAGAUGGAAAUCAGACUCUUGACCUGAAUUUGGGAAUUGCUUCGAGCACUGCACAAAAAGAGAGUAACGACAUGAAUGAUUUCUGUUUCCAGAGCAGUCGCAAUAGUAUGCAUAAUGACAGGAGAGCCAGGAUUGAAAACUCGGUGAUAGUAUCAGGAAAGUUGCAACCACCACAUGGCCCUGCAACGGUAUCUGAUCACCCUCCAAACUGGGGAGGUCCAAACAGUUUCUUUCCCAACAAUAAGGUCAUUUCUGAAAGAGCAAUGGAGAAGAGAAUGGUACCAAAUUGGACAUGGCAACUCGAAACUCGGUGUUUGGGAUCAAAUCCAGUGCCACUCUUCUCUGCUGCAGCAUCAUCAGGAUUCUUAUCUUCAAAAAGUAUAACACCACCAACUGCUGCUAAUCAAGUUUAUCAUCCGAAUGCAACAACGAUGACGGUCUACCGCAAACACCCAGUAAAUCUUCCGGCAAAUACUACCAACCCUAAUGUGUCCUUCUACUACUGCAGUAGCUGAGAGGUAGAGAACGUCUUGUAAAGCCUUUUCUAAACCUGUCCAUGGGUGGUAAUGGCACGAGUAGAAUUGCUUGCUUUCCUUUUGGUUGCCUUUCAAUCGAGUGAAGAAGAGAAAAGGCUGUUAGAGAUUUAAGUGAAAAUCAAUUUACAAAAUGCUAUUUUAAUUUAACUUCGGGUUUUCUGAGUAGAAUUUCUAUGAAUUUUUAGCUCAUUUUGUAACAGGGUUGAGAAAACAAACUGUCAUC